GUUGCAUCCCCGGUCGAACCUCCGCAGUCAGCUGCGAUGUGAAGUGUACAUAGUCGCUCUAGCAUAGACAGGGUGGGAUAUAGCGAAGAGAGAGAGAGAGUAAAAAAAGAAAAAGAGAGAGAAAGAGUAAAACGGUUUGAUACACAGCAGCAUCAUGGCACCCAUCGGACUGAAGGCGGUGGUCGGCGAAAAGAUUAUGAAUGAUGUCAUCAAGAAGGUGAAAAAGAAGGGAGAAUGGAAGGCUCUAAUUGUGGACCAGCUCAGCAUGAGGAUGCUCUCCUCCUGCUGCAAGAUGACGGACAUCAUGACGGAGGGGAUCACCAUUGUGGAAGAUAUAAACAAGCGCAGAGAACCUUUACCCAGCUUGGAGGCCAUUUACUUGAUCACCCCCACUGACAAGUCCGUGAACACCCUCAUUGCAGACUUCAAAGACCCGCAGUCAUCCAAAUACAAGGCAGCCCAUGUGUUCUUCACAGACUCUUGCCCCGACCCCCUCUUCAGCGAACUGGUGAAAAGCCGCGCCUCCAAAACCAUCAAGACCCUGACUGAGAUCAACAUCGCCUUCCUGCCCUAUGAGUCACAGGUGUUCUCUCUGGACAAUCCGGACGCCUUCCAGAGCUUCUACAGCCCCCACAAGACCCAGCUGAAGAACCCGGUGAUGGAGCGGCUGGCCGAGCAGCUGGCCACCCUGUGCGCCACGCUGAAGGAGUACCCCGCCGUGCGCUACCGGGGGGAGUACAAAGACAACGCCACCCUGGCUCAGCUGGUGCAGGACAAACUGGACGCGUACAAGGCUGACGACCCCACCAUGGGCGAGGGGCCAGACAAAGCUCGCUCUCAGCUCAUCAUCCUGGACCGGGCUUUCGAUCCCGUCUCCCCCGUCCUGCACGAGCUCACCUUCCAGGCCAUGGGCUACGACCUGCUGCCCAUCGAGAACGACGUCUACAAGUACGAGACCAGCGGCAUGGGGGACUCGCGCGAGAAGGAGGUGCUGCUGCACGAGGACGACGACCUGUGGGUGGCGCUGCGGCACAAGCACAUCGCCGAGGUGUCCCAGGAGGUGACUCGCUCACUGAAGGACUUCUCUGCGAGCAAAAGGAUGAACACGGGAGAGAAGACCACGAUGAGAGACCUGUCCCAGAUGCUGAAGAAGAUGCCACAGUACCAGAAGGAGCUGAGCAAGUACUCCACCCACCUGCAGCUGGCGGAGGACUGCAUGAAGCACUACCAGGGGACCGUGGACAAGCUGUGCCGCGUGGAGCAGGUGAGCACACCUGUGCGGGGAAUCGCAAAUUUUUACCGUGACCCGUCUCUCUCUCUCUCUCUCUCUCUCUCUCUCUCUCUCUCUCUCCCUCCUUGCGAGGCAGGGAUCACAGAGGAGAAUCUGAACAAGCUGAUUCAGCAUGCGCAGAUCCCCCCGGAGGACAGCGAGAUCAUCACCAACAUGGCCAACCUGGGCGUGCCCAUCAUCACAGACUCCACCCUGCGCCGGGGCAAGAAGUUGGACCGUAAGGAGCGCGUGAGCGAGCAGACCUAUCAGCUGUCCCGCUGGACCCCCCUGGUCAAGGACAUCAUGGAGGAUGCCAUUGAGGACAAGCUGGACACCAAGCACUACCCCUACAUCUCCACCCGCUCCUCUGCUUCCUUCAGUACCACAGCUGUCAGUGCCCGGUACGGUCACUGGCACAAGAACAAGACCCCCGGGGAGUACCGCACCGGGCCGCGCGUCAUGGUCUUCAUCAUCGGCGGCGUGUCCUUCAGCGAGAUGCGCUGCGCCUACGAGGUCACGCAGGCCAACGGCAAGUGGGAGGCCGUCAUCGGUGCCACCCACACGCUCACCCCCACCAAAUUUCUAACGGACCUGCAGCACCCCGACUUCCGAGAGUCCACUAGGGUGUCCUUUGAGGACCCAGAUCCCUCAGACGAGUGAGAGAGAGAGAGAGGGGGAGAGAGGGCGAAAAGAGAGAGAGAGCACACAGAAAAAAAAGAUCCACCCACAUCUUCACUCCGACCGGCCUUCUCCACGCCCUCAAGGCCAUGAACAAACCAGACGAGGAGCAGACGAGCUAAAAAAACGCCAAUCACCUUCUCUCGCCCCCUGACCCCGCCCCUUUCACCUGAGACCCCGCCCCAUUCCACCCCACCCCCUCCCAGUCCCCCUUCCUCUUAUAUUAAAUGUGUAUGCAUCUUGCUUGAAAUAAAAACAAAAAAAACUUGACAGCACUGAUAUACAAAAAAAAGUUGAAAUAACAACAAAAAAAUAACAAGUAAUUGCAAGUAUUCUCAUGUUUUUCAUUGGAUGCAAAUAAUGAUGAUGAUUAUAAUAAUAAUAUAAUAAUAGUAAAAACAGUUAAAUAUCUUAAGGCCAAUUUAAAAAAUAAAAAAAACCAAAAGUACCAAAUGUAACAUUGUAUGCUAUGAAACCUUGCUAGAAUGUGUAAAAGAUAGAGAUUUUGUUUGUUCGUUCCUUCAGUUUUCUUUGAUGGUGUAUCAUUUUUAUUGGUGAUGCGUGGAAGGGGGAGGGGUGGUUUGAUUGCUGCCAAGGUCACUAGAGGGUUGCUAAGACAACGGCUGCAUUCUCCUCUCUUCUGAAAGGCCUGCUUCUGCGUGUAAUCACGAGUCUGACGUAAACAAUGGCUAGAACUUUUUGUGACUUUUUUUUUUUUUUUUUUUUUUAAACUGAAAUGUCCUGAUUAAACAUGGUGGACAAAAUUCUGGGCAGUUUGAUUGGCCCAUUUAGUAUGUGAGCCUAACAUGGCUAGAACGGUGAACAUAAUGUGCGGCAAGUCCUGCUUCCUUAGUCUACUGCAUUUCAGUUAAGCCUAGGAUUUUUAGUGGUUCCACUUGAAUGCAGUAACACGAUCGUAACUGAAUAACUGACACCUCCACUGUUCACAGUCCCGUUCUGGGUGGCAUUCACAAUGUCUCUGGCUUGUGAUUUGCUAUGCAUCUCGUGUCCUUAUAUUAGCUGCGUAGUGUCUUGGAGACUGGAUGCAUCAUCUCUCAAGAGUCUGAACAGGUUGCGCGGGCGUGAAGCACGCAGACCCCGUCACCUGACACGAGACCGACGUGUGCGAAGGAGCUCGCGCGACUGGAACACAGCCAGUGCUGCAUCGUCAUCCGACGCUUUGGGUCUUCGGGUUUUGACGUGGCGCGGUACUGACCCGGGCCCUGGAGUUUCGGUGACCCCGAAACAAGAAUGUCGCCGUGUGGCCCGUGAGCGCUCCAAAAUAAAGCGAAUAAGCCCCCGGUCGUGGCCCUAUUGACCGCAUUCGGCAGGCCAGCUCUUUCUCCGUCGCAACGGGAAACGGACUGAGAGAUGGUCCGUGCGCGUCCCGUGGCGAGACUUUUCGGGGGCCUGGCACCGCAGGCACGUCUCGCAUCCUGUCCCAAAACAGGCUCACCAACACCAAAUGCCGGGGAGAGAAAUUUAUUUUAAAAAUUUUAAAAAAAGGGAGCAGGACUGCCGGGACGGUUUGAGUCAUCGUGUUAGCGUCAGAGAGCAAUGCCGUUGGCUAGCUGCAGAACCAGAACCAGAACCAGAACCUGACCCAGAACCAGACCCAGAACCAGAACCUGACCCAGGCGCGGCAGCCGUCACCCCUCCUCCUGCUUGUGACUGGAAGUGUUUAUUCCGCACACUCGUUUUUUGAAGACUUCUUCAUGUUUUUAGUGUCAAAAAGGCCAUUGCUUGCGAACAUUUAAUGAAUACUUAAAAAAAAAAAAGGGCCGGGUGUAUUUCAGUAUUGUAUUUUCGUCCGACUAGGUCUUAUCAUUGGUUUUAGUAACUCCGUUAAAAACCAUGCACUGAGUAGCGUGUUGUGUAGAUCCCAUACUUUGGUGUUUUAGCGUCUCCCUGUUACUGGUGAUAAUCUCUUGACUGUGAAGUAGAAACUCAUUUCCUUUGAAGAUGCCAAUGUGAAUCCUCUCUGUGUUAUUGAUGUCGUAGCCGUAGUUGUAGUGGUCAACGAGGAUAACGAAGAAGAAAAUAAUAACUCCUGCUUAUCUUAUCUUUUUGUUAGUCCCUUUUGUUUCUCUUCUUGGCGCAAUGUUCAAUCUUCCACUGGUGAAAGGCUUUGCAAAUCAAUGUAUCUUCCCCUCCAUAAUUUCAUUUCAUUGUUUUUUUUUCUUUCUUCUUUUUCUUUUUCUGUUCUUCCUCUGGAGAAAUUGGCUGUACACUGCACUAUGCCUCUCUGUGAUGCAAAUGCUUCUUCAGGGUUCUCCUUUUGAGUUUUCCUUUUACUUCACCUGUUGCCGUUGUAUAGCAUUCACUGUGUCUGUCUGACUGAUUUACAAAGUUAUUUAUCAGAGAGAGAAAUAUAAAUAAAUUAAAGGUAGUCUGUCAUAAAUCUGUUUAAGUUAUUGGAAAUUCUAUGUUUGCGAGUGUUGAAGCACAAACAAAAAGUACUCCAUAUGUACCGCUGUCUAAUAAAUUGACUUCCAGUAAAAGUA